AUGACGCACUCACUACAGCACAAAAUGGCGAAAUGGCUGGUUAUUGUGUUAGAACCAGUUCAUAGAUCGAUGGUCAAGCAUACAGUCAAGGACAGUUUUGAAUUGGUGGAUAUUUUUAACAAAAUUAACAUAGAAGGAAAACACAUGGCUUCCUUCGAUGUUCACUCCCUGUUCACUAAUGUUCCAGUUCGUGAAGUCAUACAAAUUAUCUGGGAUGAUGUAGAGAAGGAAAAUAUUCGACUGUGUCCACUGGUGUCCGUCCUUGAGCGUCUACUACUGCUCUGCACAAACGACGUGUCUUUCUCUUUACAAGGUAAUGCGUACAGGCAAAUUGAUGGUGCCGCUACGGGCAGCCCGUUAGGCCCAGCCCUGACAGACUUCUUCAUGGCACAUCUGGAAGAAAAAGGAACCAAUAUUCUGGUUAUAACAGAAAGCUAA